CUUGCUUCUUGGGGUCGUGGCCUUGCUCCCGCCGUGCAAGGAAAGAGUUCGUGCACGUCCACGCGCGUGUUUGCGCGUGGGGCCUGAAGUGCUCGUGGCUCCGCGCUAGGUCUCUGCGGGAGCAGCAGCAGAAGCCAUGGGCGGGACCGCCAGCACCCGCCGGGUCACCUUCGAGGCGGACGAGAAUGAGAACAUCACCGUGGUGAAGGGCAUCCGGCUUUCAGAAAAUGUGAUUGAUCGUAUGAAGGAAACCUCUCCAUCUGGCUCAAAGUCUCAGCGGCAUUCUGGUGCUUAUGGUGCCUCAGUUUCUGAUGAAGAAUUGAAAAGAAGAGUGGCUGAGGAGCUGGCAUUGGAGCAAGCCAAGAAAGAAUCUGAAAAUCAGAAACGACUAAAGCAAAGCAACGAACUGGAUCAAGAGAGGGCUUUUGCCAACGAGCAGUUAACCAGAGCUAUUCUCCGAGAGAGGAUAUCAAGUGAGGAGGAACGCGCGAAGGCCAAGCAUCUGGCUAAGCAGCUGGAAGAGAAAGAUCGAGUGAUAAAGAAGCAGGAUGCGUUCUACAAGGAGCAGCUGGCUAGACUGGAGGAGAGGAGCUCAGAGUUCUACAAAGUCACCACUGAACAAUAUCAGAAAGCUGCUGAAGAAGUGGAAGCAAAGUUCAAGCGGUAUGAGUUUCAUCCAGUCUGUGCUGAUCUGCAGGCCCAAAUUCUCCAGUGUUACCGCCAGAAUGUCCAGCAGACCCUCAGCUGCUCCGCUCUGGCCAACCAGUACAUGCGCUGCGUCAAUCAGGCCAAACAGAGCAUGCUUGAGAAGGGAGGAUAAAACCAACUUGUAGAACAAGCAAAACUCCUUCAACGUUAAUUCCAGAGGUGGAACAUUUUUUUUUCCUAGUGAGAAAGUAAUCCAUUUAAAGAGAAGACCAUUACGGAGAAGCACCAGAGAGCAGAUUCGACAGAAGCCUAUCACAAUUUGAUCAGCAACGAUUUGAAAAGCCACAGGCUAGAUCAGGGAUCAGCCAUCAAGGGCAGGCCACAGUGUCAGUAAACCCCAUCCAUGAUGAUGAAAAGAGAAAGGUGGCCCUCUCCACCUUUUGUACUUUCUGUGCAAUUUUCUCUUCUAAUCAAGCUCCAUCAUUUGGUGAACGCACUCCAACAAAGCUUGGGGGCUGGGCUGGGGGCUAAGGUACUUGGAGUGGGGAGAGGAGAGGGCAGAAAACCUCAGUCUUGUGCCAGCGGUGUUGGGUGGAAUUGUCUAGGCUGUGGGGUGUGGCAUGUUGGGUUUCUCUCUUUUUCUUUUCUCCCUUGACUGUAUGAGAGCUGUUUCAUUUUUAACUUAUUAUGGUGAUCAUGUAAGUAAGAAGACAAAAAGGAGAGAAAAUGUACCUCUUUUACUGGAAUAAUGUUUAUGAUUACAAGUGAAAUAAGGCAUUUUUUAUCAACAUAAAGGCAGCCUUGGCUUAUACAACCUCUUCUCCAUCAUGAAUAGUGACAUCUUUACUUCACUCACUAUCAAUAAUAAAUAUAUUUUCUGACAAAGA